AUGGCGGGUCACAACCAGCUUGUUCCGGUGCAUACCGCCACCUACUGCACCGGGGUGUGCAGCUUCUUCUUCUUCUUCUUCUUGUACGAUUUAAUGGCGGUAGACAAGUCAACUUAUGGUGUAUUACCGCCACCAACUGGACUGGAGUGUGAAGCAUUAACGGGAAAGAGAUUGGGUUUGCACCGUGAAGCUGAGAAGCAGUUCAGAUCAGCGCUCACACACCAAGAGUUUGUUGAUACUUACCUCUACCUCGCAAAGGUGUAUCAGCGGCUUGAUCAGCCCAUCACUGCUCUGAAUGUGUUCAAGCAAGGCUUGGAUCACUUCCCCGCCGAGGUCACGCUGCUCACGGGAAUCGCACGCAUCCAUGAGGAAAUGAAUAACAUGAUCUCAGCCACAGAAUACUAUAAAGAAGUGUUAAAGCAGGACAACACACAUGUGGAGGCCAUUGCCUGUAUUGGCAGCAAUAAUUUUUACACAGACCAGCCAGAGAUCGCCCUGCGCUUUUACAGGCGCUUGCUGCAGAUGGGGGUCUUCAACUGUCAGCUGUAUAACAAUCUGGGCCUGUGCUGUGUCUACGCCCAGCAGUAUGAUAUGACCCUGUCGUCCUUUGAGAGAGCUUUAGCCCUGGUGUCCAGUGAUGAGGAACAGGCUGAUAUCUGGUAUAAUCUGGGGCAUGUUGCAGUGGGCAUUGGUGACUUGACUCUGACUUACCAGUGCUUUAAACUGGCCUUGGCUUUUAACAAUAACCACGGUGAAGCUUACAAUAACUUGGCCAUGUUGGAGCUACGGAAAGGCCGCAUCGAGCAGGCGAAAGCUUUUCUGCAGACUGCUGCUUCACUGUCUCCUCACAUGUAUGAGCCACAUUUUAACUUUGCCAUGCUCUCGGAUAAGGUUGGUGAUCUUCAGAGUAGUUACAUGGCUGCUCAGAAAUCAGAGGACGCUUUUCCUGAGCAUGUGGACACUCAGCAGAUCCUGAAAAACCUCAGACAGCAUUUUGCCACUCUAUAAGACCACUUAACUGUAAUCACAUCACUGAUCAGGGAUAGAAAUGACCUGCAAGCAUUGUAGCUAUAUAUAGAUAUAGACAUAUUCUGCCUGACAUUGCCUGAAUACAUUAAAUACAUGUUUAUCAUGAAAAAAAUAAAAAUGAUCAUAAAAAUAGCAGUUUUUUAGUACAGCCCUGAUGAGGCAAUAUCACGUAACACAGCUCCAGCCUGCUCCCACACACCUGCUCAGAAGCUUCUAGCAGCCACUCCUGAAGACCUUGAUUAACUAGUUCAGGUGUAUUUACUUACGGUUGGAGCUAAACUCUGCAGGAAGUUCUAAUCCUGAUCCAACACACCCAUCUGUAAUCAUCAAGU